AUGCCAGAUAAGUACCUCGAUCGUGUAUACAUCUACUGGCAUUACCUAGGCGGGGUUGUUUGUAGUAUCAUUUCCUUUGUAGGAAUUGGAGGAAAUAUCGUAACGAUUAUAGUUCUAUCAAGUCCUGAGAUGAAAAGCUCCACAAGCAUCUUCCUGAUAGUUCUAGCGAUGUUUGAUGUUUGUGUGUUAAUCAAUAUGCUCAUUGCUAACACAAGGUGGAUGUUGUUGUAUUCAGCUUACAGCUCCACAUAUUUCCAUUACUUCAUGCUGCCCGCACUCCCUACAAUGUACGCCGUAACAAACAUCUCCCAUACGGGGUCCAUCUACACCGUUGUUGCAGUCAACUUUGAACGUUACAUUGCCGUGUGCCAUCCUCUCAAAGCAGCAUCGUUCUGUACAAUCUCCCGAGCCAUAAAAACGUCCAUCGCCGUCUUCAUAAUGUGCCUCAUAUACACCUCUCCACGCUAUUUGGAAAUGUAUCUCAAAUGGGACUGGGUACCCGAGUUCAACCAAACCAUGUUAGUAGUGGGCAUCUCUGAUAUGUCCUACAACUAUUGGUACAUGACAGUCUACUUGGUCUACAUCAACGUCAUCGUCAAAUUUGUCAUCCCUGGAGUCCUAUUGGUCACCCUUAACACGGUCAUGGUCCGCAAGCUCUACCGUACAAAGCCUAACCUUCAGAAACAGGAGCGGAAAGGAAGUGAGAAGGAACGUUUCACAGCAAUGGUUCUGGCAGUGGUGGUAGUCUUCCUGGUGUCACUCGCAGCAGCCUGUCUGGAGCUGAUCAUGUAUGAAGUCAACUCGGCAAUGGUUUUGGAAGAGUGUUCGGAGAUCUGUGGUUACAUAAGCGGAAUCGGACAAUUGGCAGUUGUCACCAACUCAUCUAUCAAUUUUCUUCUCUUCUGUUUUUUUGGACGGAAGUUCCGUGGGGUCUUCGCAAAGAAGUUUCUGUCCUGCUCUAGAAGAUAAAUGCAAUUAAUAACGCGAUGGAAUCCAGAUUUGGACUGUAACGUUUCGCUUUGUCAAUACACAUAUGUCCUUAGUUCGGACCCUCUGUCUUCAGGACGAUGCCAGAUUGAAACAUCCAUGAAUAUUCAAAAAUGAAAGAAUAUAUCUCGUAACCAUAACUCCUUAAGCAGGGAAAAGCUUUUGUUCGCGGGAAGCAUAACUGUUCGGUUUAAAGGUGUUUCAUUAUAUAUCAGUAGUCUGGUCGUUAUGCUACAUUUAUACGGUCGAAUUCAAAGAAUUUUAAAUACUUGUUCUGUUAAAAAACUGUAUACUAUUACUAAGAAUAAUUCCAUUCAAUAUGACAUUAUAUUCAUGUCCUCUCUAUAAGGCACUGAUGAGUACAUUAUCUGAAGCCUAUUCAUAGUAUCCUCUGUCGUCAUGUGGAUGAGGUAUUUCCAAAAACGGCAUGACAUCAUUGCCACUCGCUGACUCACUCACUCACUCACACACAUAGUAUCGUCACAUGUCGAAAUAGGACCUAAUCGUACUAUGAUUUAAGCACUAUUGAUUUCAGUGAAUCGUUUCAGCCCUUGUCUUGAUUUAACAAGCCCCAAGAACGUAGCUCGUGCUUGCGGGUGCGUUUGAUGGUUUUCACUCAUGUUGAUGUGUUUCG